AUGGCAAACCCCUCUGCCCAUUUUGAGUCGGAUCCAUCGUCCUUCAUGGCAGGCCAGAACACCACUACUUCAACCACCCCAGGAGGACACUCUUCUUACGGCAGCUACGGAUCACUCUACGGCGCCAUGAACUCGAGCAUGAACUUUGGAAGCCCCUAUCAACAAGCUCCAGGGCCUUCCACACCCCCAGUCCUUCCACCACUUCAUUCAAACUCUUAUGUUAACGCUCCAGGUAGUGGCGGCGGCGGCAACGGCGGAGGUGGUCCCUUAUCGUCAUCUUCUUCUUCGGGAGGCGGAGAUCUUGGAUCAUCGAUGGGGACAUCUGGCUCUGCAGGGGCUUCUCACGGCGGCGGACCACAUGGACAUGGAGGACACCAUGGCGGACAUGGAAACGGCGGGCACAAUUCGAGUAAUAGCGGCGGUAAUAGUGCCGGCGGAGUGGGUACACCAACGGGAGCACAGACAUCGAACCCUUUGGACGACCCUUCGCGACGCAGCUUGGACGACCCAGAUGGCCGCCGGUCAGGGCAAUUACCACACCCUCAACAGAUCUUGGAUGACGCCCUUCACAAAGGCGGAGGAGGAGGAGGAGGUGGUAGCGGUGGAGGGAAUCAGCCGUAUCAGAAUCACCCACACUCGCCUCACCUCCAGGGACACCAGCCUGCGCCAAUACAGCAUCCUCAGACGCCUCAGCAGCAGCAGCAGCUUCAGAAGCAACAGCAACAGUUGCAACGACAGGUUCAUACCUCCCACUUGCCAUCGACAGCACCUUCACCUUAUCAGAAUGUCCUAUCCCACCACACCACGCCACAGCAGCAGCAGCAACAACAACAACAACAACAACAACAACAACAAUCACUACCCCAACUGAUGCACUCUCAGUCGAGUGGGAACCUGUAUUCUCAGCAGCAGCAACAGCAAUUACAGCAACAGCAACAGCAACAGCAACAGCAACAGCAACAGCAACAGCAACAGCAACAGCAACAACAGCAACAGCAGCAGCAGCAGCAGCGGUACAUGGAUCCCAUUAUGGGUCGAUCUCGCUCUGGAGAAUACCCUUGGCCAACACAGCAGAACGCCAUGAUGCCCAACAACAAUAACAACGGCAACCAUCCUGGAUCUGCAGGAGGCGGUGGAGUCUCCAACGGUGGUGGACCCAUUCGACAUACAGUUGGCGCCCAGCAAAGCCGAGCCGCUGGCAACAAGCGGAGUCGAGACUUUAGUGCCAUGGACCCUUCUGGUGGCAAUGGCGGAAAUAUCGGCGGUCUGGCCGGCAUGGGCGGCAUGGGUAUGAACACCUCGAUGGGAGGAAUGGCUGGUCUGUCUGGGAUGAACCCCAUGGGAGGUAAUGGUGGCGGUGGAGGAAACGAUAAUCGUAUUGGAUGGGGAGGCAUGGUUGGCGCUGGAGCCAACCCCUACGACAACCACCACUACGCACAACAGCAACAGCAACAGGUUCAUUCGCAUAGCCUGCAGCAACAGCAACAAUUUAAUCAUCUCCAGCAACAACAGCAACAACAGCGCAUGGGAGGUCCCCAUGGAGGAAGGAUGGUCGGUGGGCCCAUGGGUGGACCCAUGGCAGGAAUGGCAGGCAUGGCAGGCAUGGCCGGGAUGGCAGGUAUGAAUAUGGGUGGUAUGGGCGGUAUGGGUGGAUUUGGAGGGAUGGGCGGUAUUGGAGGCAUGCCUGGUGGUCCUGGAUUGCAUGGUAAUUUGGGUCCCAUGUCCAAGAAGAAGAUCAAGAAGGCGGCUGCUCCUGUCAUCAAGGACAAGAACUGCCCCAAGCGGCCACGGAACUCGUACAUCUUUUUCACGCUCAUGAAGAGGGACGAUAUCAAAAAGAAGCAUCCGGGAUUCAAGCCGACAGAGAUCACAAAGAUGCUCGGCGAGGAAUGGCAAAAGCUAUCCGAGACCGAGAAGGAGUCGUACGGAUCCAUGGCCGAGGACGACAAGAAGCGUUACCAAACAGAGAUGGAAGAGUACGAUUCCUCCAACACGGGUGGGCCUAUGCCUGGAAGUGGGGGUAACAGCGGUGGCGGGCAUGGGAUGAUGGAGAACAUGGGUUGGUAG